AUGGUUCCAGAGGCCUGGACCUCAGAACCCUCAGAACCCUCAGAGACCUCAGAGACUUCAGAAAGAGCGUCUGUAGCCUCCUCUAUCAGGAGCACGACUGCGAUGCAUCCAGAGCUCAGUGGACUAUCAGAGCGAUCCCAGAAGAUUGUGAAAGAAUGGGGGUUCUCGGAGGCCCACACUGCUCGGCUGAUGCUGAGGAGAGCACAGAAGAUGAAGCCCACACAGAACCAGCACCAAAGACACAACGUCGCAGAGGAGCAGGAGAGAGAGAGACGCCGCUUCAGGCUCACGGGGGGCUCAGGAGGAGGAACAGAAGGAAACCGCAGAUUCCUGCCGAAGCUGAGUUCUCACAUCGUGAACGGAGGCCGCGUGCAGCUGGUGACGCAUCGAAGCGGAGUGCGGCUGGAGUCACGCUCAUGUCCAGGACUCAGCUCUGCUUCAACUACAAGGGCCGAGGUCCUGGGGCCCAAACGAGUCUCAUCGGCUCCGAGUCCAAAAGAGAGGAUUUCAUUCAGAGACAAGAGACUUCAGCAGAGCACUGGCUGGGGGUCCGGAAAGAGGACUAAACCAGGACUAAACCAGGACUGA